UUCACCAAACUAGAUCAACCAGUGUGAUAUCUAUUCUUCACUAAACUAGAUCAACCAGUGUGAUAUCUAUUCUGCAACCAAACUAGAUCAACCAGUGUGAUAUCUAUUCUGCAACCAAACUAGAUCAACCAGUGUGAUAUCUAUUCUUCACCAAACUAGAACUAUUUCCAUUCCAGAGAUGUAAUGAGCACAAUAAUGAAAAUCAGGGAACGGAGGAACUAGUUUGAAGUAGGUUCAUUUGAAUGAUCAUGAAAAAUGUUGAUUAUUGAUAUGAAUAGCAGCAAUAAAACUGUCAAAUGAGCUUAUGUGUCCUAAAUACUAGUAACRUAGCCUUCCUCUGUGUGCAAAGAACUCAGGAUCUAACAGGAAAAUGUGAGUCUCAUCCUGAUCCAAUCAAAAUUCCCAGACUCUACCAGGGCCAGGGGGGUGAUCCCUCCAUUAUCCCCUUCCUCCAUCCCUCCUCCUUCCCCUCCUCCGUUCCUCCUUCACGCGUCACCGUGUCGUUAGACAGGACCGUUAUAAAUGGCUCUGCACACACUUCUGAAGCACGCCGAAGGGAUUUACACAGCUUCAGCAAGACACAAAGGAGGGACGAUUCUACGAAGAGAAAACUACCUUUCGCUGAAUCAGGAUGUCUAAGGUUGCAGAGAGAACCCUUUUCAUUUUCUACAUUUCAACACAGAUUUGCUCCCAGAUCUUGGCGCAGGUGUGUCCGACAAGGUGCCUCUGUUCGCAGGAGCCUCCGAUGUGCGCCCCCGCGGUCCAGCUGAUUCUGGAUGACUGCGCAUGCUGUCUGGUCUGUGCGAGGCAGAAAGGAGAGGCGUGCUCAGAAAUAAAUCCCUGUGAUACACACAGGGGUCUGAACUGCGACUACACGGCCGAUGUACACCAGAGGACAGGUGUCUGUGUCACUCAUGAGGGAGACAUCUGCCUGUUGGACGGUUCAGUGUACCAGAACGGGGAGACCUUCUUCCCCAGCUGCAGGUACCAGUGCACCUGCAGGGACGGUCAGAUCGCCUGCGUGCCACGCUGCAACCUGGACGUGAUGCUGCCGGGCCCUGACUGCCCUCGACCCAGGAAGGUGGCGGUGCCAGGGGAGUGCUGUGAGAAGUGGGUCUGUGAGCCCCAACCAGAGGCCAGUGCCCUGGGCAGCUUCGCCAUGGCUGCCUACAGACAGGAGGAGACAGUGGGGUUUGACUCGUGGGACCCCAGUACUAACUGCAUAGAGCAGACUACGGAGUGGGGCGCCUGCUCUCGGACCUGUGGCAUGGGCAUCUCCACCCGGGUCACCAACAGGAACCCCCGCUGUGAGAUGGUCAAGCAGACGCGUCUGUGCAUCGUCAGGCCCUGCGACAAACAGCAGCAGCAGGAUGUUCCUAAGAGAGGAAGCAAGUGCCUGAGGAUGAAGAAGGCGGUGAAACCCAUCCGGUUCAGCUAUAAGAACUGCACCAGCGUCCUGACCUACAAGGCCCGGUACUGUGGUGUGUGUACGGACGGGCGCUGCUGCACCCCCCACAGCACCGACACGGUGCAGGUGGAGUUCCAGUGUGCUCAGGGUAAAGCCGUGAAGAAACCUGUGAUGUUCAUCAACACCUGCGCCUGUCACUACCACUGUCCCAGAGACAACGCUGUGUAUCGACCAUCAGACCUGGUCUACAGCGGUUACACGUUAUAACACUGUUACCAAUAGACACAACUAAAGUUUCUUCUAGUCAUCUGUGACAGUAGUAUUGUACUGUACUGUAGUCGGGCGACUCUAUAUGUUCAUGACUCUAAAUGUUCUUGACAUCAUAUCCCUGACGGUGUAUGGUUGGUCUCAGGAGGCAGAAUCUCAAUUGCAUACUUAUCGCGUCCUCUCUCCUCGCCUCCUUCUCAAAACCCAUUGGAUGAGAAAGCCAGAUGUCCCUCCCUUCUGACUUUCUCUUCCAAUGGGUUUUGAGAAGGAGGCGAGGAGAGAGGGUGCGAGGAGAGAGAGGGUG